UUCCCCGCGUUCCCGCACGUCCCGUACGACAUCCAGCUGUCGUUCAUGCGGUCGCUGUACGACGUCCUGCGGCGGGGUGGCAUCGGGAUCUUCGAGUCUCCCACGGGCACGGGGAAGACGCUCUCGACGCUGUGCGCGGCGCUGCAGUGGCUCGAGGUGCGCGCGCGGGGGGAGGCGGAAUUUCUCGCGGACGAGUGGCGCGACGACGCCGCGGGGAACCCCAACCCCGACGAUGACGUCUUCCGCGGCGCGCGCGCGGACGACUCGUCCUCGGACGACGACGGCGACGAUCCAAACGGGAACACGAAACGCCGUGGAAAGCGAAACGGCGCCGGCGCCGGCCCCGCGGACGGCGACUCGUCCGACGAAGACGCCGCGGCGCCGACGCAAGUCAUCUUUUGCAGCCGCACGCACUCGCAGCUCACGCAAGUCGUCGGGGAGCUCAACUCGACGUCGUUCGGAGGGCCGGAGGGGACGGUCAACGCGAUCGCGAUCGCGUCUAGAGCUCAGCUGUGCGUGAACCCGGAGGUUCGGUCCGUGGGCGUGUCGAACGCGCGACUCAACGAGCGGUGUCUGGAGCUCGGAAAGCCGACGACGACGAAAUCUUCUUCGUCCGCGACGGCGACGGACCCGGCGACGGGAAAGAAGAAGAAAAAAACCGCCGGGGGGUGUCCGUUUCUCAAGAACCGCCGCGCCGCGGUCGCGGAGCUCGCGGACGCCGCGCUGUCGCAGCCGAUGGACAUCGAAGACCUCGCGGCGCUCGGCGUGCGGCGCCGCGCGUGCCCGUACUACGCCGCCCGGCGCGCGUUGCCGCGCGCGGACCUGGUCUUCGCGCCGUACGCGUCGCUUCUGCACGCGGAGACGCGCGAGAGCCUCGGGAUCAAUUUGAAAGGCGCGGUGGUCGUCUUCGACGAGGCGCACAACCUUCAAGAGGCUGUCCACGGCGCGUACGGCGCCGUCAUCACCGGGUCGCAGAUCAAAGCGGUGAAAGCGAUGCUCGUGGCGUACGUGGAGCGGUUUCACAAGCGGCUCGCGGCGGGUAACCUGCGGCAUCUGCGGACGUUGAUCUCGCUCGCGAAGAGCAUGGAGAAGGCGCUGGAUCCGAGUAUGAUGCAUCAUAACGCUCGUAACGUAGGCGUUACCGGAAGCAGCAGCGGCGCUCGUACGAGCAGCGGCAGCGAGAUCAAGUGCCUGAACGACUUUCUGUUCGGCGUCGGCGCGGACAACGUGAACGUGUUCGCGCUGACCAAGUACCUGCGCGAGUCGAAAAUCGCGCAUAAAAUCGCGGGAUACGCGGAGAGCCGCAACGAGUCGACGAAGCGACCGCCGCGGGUGGGCGCGGUGCACGCGCUCGCCGCGUUCGUCUCCGCGCUCGCGUCGUCGGACGCCGACGGCCGCGUCCUCGUCGAGCGCGCGGGUGCCGUGGGGGGUGCCGACCAGGGUGCCGACCAGGGUGCCGACGGAGGCAGGUUGAAGUUCGUCCUCCUCGACGCCGCGGCGCGGUUCAAGAGCGUCGUCGACGAGUCGAGGGCGGUGGUGCUGGUCGGCGGGACGCUGUCGCCGAUCGACGAGCUCGCGCGCGCGCUUUUUCCCUCCGCGGCGCCCGUCGGAUCGAAAAUUGCAUCGGAAACGACGCUGAGCAGUCUGAGCCUGGGGCACGUCGUCCCGAAAGAGUCGUUACUUCCGAUCGCCGUCGGUAAAGGCCCCGGCGGCGUCCGAUUCGACUUCAGCUUCGGCAAACGCGACGCGUUCGACGUCGUCGACGAGCUCGGUCGGCUGCUGAUAAACGCCAGCGCGGUCACCCCAGGCGGCGUCGUCGUGUUCUUCCCGUCGUUCAAGUACGCGGACGACGUGUACCAGCGCUGGGUUCGAACCGGCGCGGUCGGUCAGCUCGCGAAGCACAAGGCGGUGUUUCGAGAGCCGAGAAAGGCGCGUUCUCCUAUUCACACUGGUUCCCGUACGACCCCGUCGGCGUGUAACCCUAAGGGCGGCGGCGGCGGCGGGCAGACGGGCGCGGUGAUGCUGUGCGUGUGCGGCGGAAAACUCUCCGAGGGGAUUAAUUUUAAGGACGACCUCGGGCGGCUCGUGAUCAUGGUCGGGCUGCCGUACGCGAACCCGGACGACCCGGAGCUCUCGGCGCGGAUGAAGCACCUGGACGCGAUGGACGCCGCGACGCUUGACGUUCCUCGCGGCCGCGCGUAUUACGAGGCGCUGUGCAUGCGAAGCGUGAAUCAGAGCGUCGGUCGCGCGAUUCGUCACGCGCGCGAUUACGCCGCGAUCUUAUUCGCGGACCACCGAUACGUGAACCCCGACGGCGCGAGCGCGCAGCUCCCCGGGUGGAUACGCCAGUCGAUG